UUGUUAGACCCAAUCAUUCAAAAUUUGCUUCCUUCUUCUACCCUCUCCCCUCCUCCUUCCUUGACCCAAAGCUGAGCGAGAGAACGCAGCGCACGCACACGCGGCACGCCUCACCUCCUCACCUCAGCGCCGGCCCCCUUUAAAUACCGCCACUACCCUCCUCCUCACCCGCCGACGCCUCCUCCCCCAUUUCCCUCGUCCCAAACGCAGCAGCCGCGCCAAUGCGCCACCCCUCGCCGCCGCCGCAGGAGCUCCCCGCCGCCGGGGGCGAGAUCCAAACCCUGAUCCCCGCUGCCGCCGCGGGGCCCUCCUCCUCCGCGGGCGGAGGUGGCUCGUUCACGGCGCUGCUGGGGCUCCCCACCUCCCAGGCCAUGGAGCUCAUCCUCCCCCGCGCGGCGCCGCCCGCGCACGCGCCAGCACCCACCUUCCCCUCCGACCCCCACCUCGUCGACCGCGCCGCCCGCUUCUCGGCGUUCGCGUCCCCGUCCUCCCCGUCCCCCACCCCGCCGCCGCCCCUGCCCCCUACCGCCGCCGCCAACGCCAAGCGCAAGGCCGACCCCGUCGACCGCUCCUCCAAGGGCAAGGCGGCGAAGAAGGGGAAGACGGCGGAGGAGAAGCCCGCGGGCGGCGACGGCGAGGACGAGAAGCCGGCGUACGUGCACGUGAGGGCCAGGAGGGGCCAGGCCACGGACAGCCACAGCCUCGCCGAGCGGGCGAGACGCGAAAAGAUCAAUGCGAGGAUGGAUCUACUUAAGGAGCUGGUCCCCGGGUGCAGUAAGGUAUCAGGAACAGCACUAGUGCUGGAUGAGAUCAUCAAUCAUGUUCAGUCUCUCCAAAGGCAAGUUGAGUACUUGUCAAUGAGGCUCGCAGCAGUGAACCCAAGGGUCGACUUUGGUGGCCUAGACAGCUUUCUUACUACGGAGUGUGGAAGAAGAGCAUCCCUGAACUGUAAGAACGGAAUCGACUUGGAGCAGGUCACCUGGCCAGAAUUGGGUGCUCAUGGAGCAAGGCAACUGAUGCAACUUCAACAGCAGUUCUGGCAUGGUGAUUUAGCGCAUUCGCAGCAACCGGAGUCACAGUGGGAAAAGCGGGGGGAUGGCCAUCCCCCUGUCUUUAGCAACUCCAGUUCCUCUCUCUUCGGCUACGAUCUAACAAGCUCUGGAGCGCCGCAACCCCCGACGAGCAAGCUAAAGACGGAGCUGUGAGCGACGGUGGUGGAUCGCAUGUGAUGAGAGCAAGCUGAACAUGAGCCGUGGGCGAUAGCGGCGGCGGAAUUUCAGUUGAUCAAGCUAUGCACGGGAUAUGAACGACGGCUUGUAGGUGUGGAUGGCGACGCAAGGUGCAGUGCAAUGGAUGCAGAGGCUUAUUUGACGGCGUCAUUUUGAGAGGAUGUACAUAGAGAUAUAGAGAUACUGUUGGUCUGGAGUUGAAGGGCGGACGCAUGGGCGGGGAUAUCAGCUUUCCUGCUGCUAUCGUUGUAGAGGUGGGCGAGCGAUACUCUGGUUUGUUGCUGAUGUAUUCUUGGUGUACGUCUGACUAUAAUGGCCUGAUCUAAAGGUUACAUUACAUAUUUACAUGAGCAUCAUUAUUUGGUGAACAAAACAUUAUGGGCCGUAAUACCCUUCUUGAUUACAU